AUGAUGUUAUUCAUCCUAUUUGGUGGUGGUUUUACAUCAGAUGAUGUUAUUCAUCCUAUUGGUGGUGGUUUCACAUCAGAUGAUGUCAUUCAUCCUAUUGGUGGUGAACAAAAAUCAGGUGGUGUUAUUAGUUUAAUUUGUGGUGUUUUUAAAUCUAGAUGGUCAUGAAUUAGUUUUAUUUUUUAUUUUCAUUUAUAUUAUUCUAUUAAUUAUAUCUCAUUCAUGUCGUUUUUCCAUUAAAACAACAAUCAUAAUGAAAUUGAUAAAAAUUAUUUUGUUCUGAUGAUGGGUUUAUUAAAACCCGAAAAUUCAACUAUAACUAUUUAAAUUAUUAUUACUAUUGUAUUUUUU